CUGGCCUCAGCACACGACGGGUUUAGUUGUAGAACAAAAGGAAAGGCAACUAACCAGCCUCAGCUAACCUUUGAAAACUGCCCGGAAAUUGAAGAUUGUGGCGAUGGUGGAGAUGCACCUUCAGCCGGUGACCAAGCUGCAGAGACUGAAGCUGCUGCAGAUAAUGACGCCAGACCCUCGACUACAACCACCGAGAGACACAUCUCCAUCCAAACUAAGCUGGAGGGCCUUGAGAUGCUGGUUGACCUGAAUGGGGCGGGGCGAAAGUCAUGUCCUCUGUGUCCUGAGGAGAAGUUUAAAGCCUGUUACAGCCACAAACUCCGCCGACACCUGCAGAACCUGCACUGGAAAGUCUACGUGGAGUUUGAAGGCCAGAGGAUGUGUAUCUGUCACCUGCCCUGCAGAAACCUGAAGCCCAGCCUCAGUGGAGAUCAGGCCUCAGGGAGACACGUGGCUCACUACCACUGCGUGGUUUGCUCCGUCACCAUCGCCCGUAAGACGGACAUGAUCAGCCACCUGAAGCGCCACGUCAACAAAGGAGAGACUGAGGCCAGCUACUCGGGCAGCUCAGACGUACCGUUCGAAGAGCCGGCUCCGUCGGGCCAAGCUUAUGAAAUCAUGAAAGAGCUCGGGACAAACGUCCAGCUCCUCCCGAACCACACCACCCCGCAGAAGAGCGACACCUACUUCAACCGCAAGAUGAAGACCAACAGGCAGCUGGUGUUUUGUUCGCUGGCUGUUCUGGCUGAAGAGAGAAACCCACUCGAGUGUCUGGACGCUUUUGGAGCCACAGGGAUCAUGGGCCUCCAGUGGGCGAAACACCUCCGCAACGCGGUCAAAGUGACCAUAACGGACAUCAGCGACACGUGUGUCAAAAUGAUCAAAGAGAACUGCCAGCUGAACCACAUCCGGGUGGAUGGAGGCUCGCGAGGCCCCCGGGGGGCCGACGGGGCAAGCGCCGAGGUCGAGGGCGUUCCCAUCGCUGCGGUGGAGGUCGCUAAGAUGGACGCCAACGUCAUCAUGCACCUGCGGCCUUUUGACUACAUUCAUUUGGAUCCGUUCGGGACGGCAGUGAACUACCUGGACGCCGCCUUCAGAAAUGUCCGUAACCUGGGCAUCAUCUCAGUGACGUCGACAGACACCGGCUCCCUGUACUCCAAGUCUCCCAACGUCACCCUGCGUCACUACGGCUGUCACAUCGUACGCACCGAGUACUACAAAGAGCUGGCUGCUCGCAUGGUCAUCGCCACUGUGGCAAGAGCGGCGGCCCGCUGUAACAAAGGCAUCGAGGUGCUGCUAGCGGUCGCGCUGGAGCAUUUCGUCCUGGUGGUGGUGAGAGUCCUCAGGGGACCGACGCAGGCUGAUGAAUCGGUUAAGAAGUUACGGAAACUGGUCCACUGCCAGUGGUGUGAGGAGAGAGUCUUCCUCAAACUAGGAAACAUGGUGGACGACACGCUGCCCUGUAACUGUCAUGGAAGUCUGCCUGGAAAGACGGCAGUGCAGCUGGGACCGUUAUGGUCCGGCCCUCUGUUUAACACGGGCUUCCUGAGGAGGAUGCUGUCGGCGGCAGUGCAGCACAGUAUGGACGACAUCCAGCCACUCGUCAAAACUCUGAUCUGCGAGUCCGAGUGCACGACCCUCAAGUCUUUGGUGCACGGGCCGUCCGCUCUCACUAACCAGGUGGAGUGUGGAGUCGUCAUUAAGACCUUACAGAGCGGAGAGGAGUCGGGUCCUGAUCAGUCUGGGAAGAGGAAGACCGGAGAGGAUUCUGGGAAUGUAGUGAAGAAGCUGAAGUCUGAUGCGUCUCUGGAACACCCGCCUUUCUACUACAGCAUCCACCGCCACAGCAUCAGAGGCAUGAACAUGCCCAAGUUGAACAAGUUCCUUCAGUACCUGACAGAGGCCGGCUUCAGGGUGAGUCGGACUCACUUCGACCCGACGGGGGUUCGAACUGAUGCCACGCUGGAGCAGUUUAAAUCCGUCCUCACCAAGUACAGCGUCCCCACGUACGCCACCGCCACGCAGACGAGCGUGAGCACGGAGAAGACGGUGUGAGAGAACCAAGCAGAGAUGAGACAACCAACGAAAAUCAUUCCGUUCUUGGUUUGUCUCAGUUUGACUGCACCCCUGCUGUUCCCUCGAGUUCUGACUGCACUGACAUCAUAAAGAAACUACCAACUGCUUUCGCUCUGGACGAGCUUUUAUUAGAACAAAGUAGAAACUCUUUAAUCAAACCAAAACUGAUGUGGAUUUUUAUUCAAACUGCAAAACCAAACUGAUCCUGAGCCCAGUUUAUCAACAGUGUCUCUAUUUAUUUCCGAUUUCAUUUCUCUCGAAAAUCCUUAUAAUACAAGUUUUUUUUUCUAGCUGUUUUAUUGUUUUAAUUUGUUUAAUGUCUUAAAAACAUAAUAAAAAAUCUGUCUGCAAAGACUGAAUUAUUAGCUGGCUUCUCUGGUUGCUCAGAAUGUUCUGUGAUUCUUCUGUGUUCACAGUCAGGGCCCCGAGGCUCUGGGACGAUCCGCCCGAGGGAAUCAGGUCGGGUGAAUCUGUGACCUCCUUUAGGUCUCUUCUUAAAAUUUGGGGGUUUUUAUACACCUAAUUGUUUUAUGUUUUUCUGCUCUUUUAAACCUAUCGAUUUUAACCUGUUAUCCUAAUUUAUUGCAGCUUUUUUUUAAGCACUUUUGCUCUAUAAUUAAAGAUUAUCAUUAUUAUAAUUAUUAUUUACUGAGAAAAUUCACACCCACAGCUUGAAACAGUCUGUGAUCAGGGUUGAUGUUUCUCUUGGCAAAGUUAUUUUAGUCGCAUUAACAUCAUUGGUGGGAAGAAAAGAUUUCAUUCUCAUGAAUCAAUGAGAAGUUGGGUUUUUACACCAGUUCCAAAACAGACAACAAAAGAAAACUCACUGACAAGUAUGUGUGUAAGGCGACAGGCUGAUAUUUCACAUUGUACAUAGUUAAAUAAAUGAUGCUUUGUUCAGUUCUGUUAAGAGAAAAUCCUGUAACACAUUCUACCGCCACAGCACAUUGCAUUGUGGGAUAUUCUCUUGAGCAAACUCUGCAGAGUUGAAACACUUCUUAUCUGGAAAAACCCUGUUGCUCCAAAGGUUAAAGAGACUUUAACUUUAAGAUUAAAAUAGAGAUGUUUACCUGGUAGGUGCAUUUACAUCAAUGAACCCUUGUGUUUUUUCUGUUCCUGUGUUGCACACACAUGAGUGUGUUUUGGAAAAAAAUUUCCCUUUAAAUUGAAAAUACUCACGUUCACAUAUCUCUUGAUUAUUAUACUGUGUAAAUGUCACAUUCAUGUGUGCAAAUAGUCCAACUAAUGUCCUUCGAGAUCAAGAGCCCUUGAUAGUUAAACUGUAAAACUGUAUACUGAUAUUUAAAAUAUCAUUUUUAUCUCUCAUCUCUCUUAGUUUAUGUUUAUUACAUUUAUUUUGCUUCUUA